AUGGAGGCCGCUGAUACGAGCACGGCUGAGCUGAGGGCGGCGCUCCCUGCGGCGGCCAAAGGGCCCAGCGCCAGCCCUCCAGCGCCCUCGCCGCCACCUCCGCCAAGUGGUGCUGCGGACCGCGGCGCCCCUCAGCAGCUGCCGUUGGACCCCUCAUCAGAUGGAUCAGCGGUGGCUGGAGAUGUGGAAGCAGCCGCUGCCGGCCCCGGCCCCGGCGCGGCGGCGGCGCCUCCAGGCGGCAGCCCUCCGCCGAAGCAGCCGAGGGCGCUACAGGAAGAGCAGCAGCAGCGCCGGGCCCGCCGCGUGAUCCUGCGUGUGGAGGUGGCCUCUACGGCACAGGCACGCCUCAUCACUUGGUCCAUGUGGACGCUCAACAUUCUGUUCGUUCUGACGGCAGCGGGGCUGCUUAGCAUGAGGGAGACAGAUGUCCGAGUGGGCGACCUGAGGCCCUACUACCUGGCAGAGCUGAUCAUUGGCAGCGUGAGCCUGGCCAUACUGGUGGCCAUGCUCAUCUGGUUUCUGACCAGCAUCCGCAGGAGCCGGCAGGAUGGGCGAGUGUGGACCAAGCGGCAGGGCUACUUCACUCGCACGGCAGCGAUGCUGCUGGGGCUGCAGAUACCCUACUCAGCCACCUUCGUGGGGGCCUUUGUCGCGGUGCUGACCCGGCCCGACUGCCAGUAUCCGUGGCGUGUGCUUGCUGUGCUGGAGUUUGUGCAGUGGAUGUUCUUCUCCUCGCUCAUGCUGUUCCUGCUGGCGCGCCUCCAAAACAUGACAGUCUGGCGGGGCAAGGGAGCGCUGGACAUGCAUCCAGACUAUCGACUGAUGGUCGACCGGCCAGCGCAUGAGAUCCUGCGCAACCACAGAGUCAUCCUAACCCUCUGGGUGGUGCUCAUGUCUGCCUCGCUGGGUGGCAUGAUUGAUAAAUUGUUGCGCUACAGUACAGAGGGCAAUCUGGAAUUUGAACAGGGCUGCGAUACGUUGCUGGACAAUUGGGAGGAGUGUGGCACCUCUGUCUCCCAGACCACCGUGGCGGUGAUAUCCUUCGUGCUGAUCCUUGUCUAUGUCGUGUUCUGGAUUCGGUGGAUGCUGCGGGCGCUCAAGGACCAUGGGCAGCUGCCGUCCACCCUGAUCUUUGUUCGGGUGCUGCUGCGUGUGGUCAGCCCCGUCCUGCUGGCGGUGGUGGCCUCCGUGCUCUUCCUCACCCUCAUCCCCUCGUUCCGGGACAGCUGCUGGGCGGCGGUAGAUGGCCAGAUGGGCAACCUGCCUGUGGACAUGGCGCUCACUGUGAGCACCGUGGUGAUGGUGAUCCUCUACAUGCCCAAGGCAAAGGCGCUCGACAGCCCGCUGCUGCAGGAGUUCCUACAAGGCUUCAGCUGGACGCUGGACGGCAUGCCUGCCGCCAUUGAGGAGCGCAACGAGCUGCUGCUGGAGACGGAGGCGCCUCCUAGCUCCGACAGCCAGGCAUGGAUCCAUCGUGCUGCGCCCCCGCCUGCACACUCUACCGGCGUGACGCUCAUGAUGAGCCACCUGCAUGAAGAGCUGGCGCAGGUGCUGGCCAGGCUGAGGGGCGUGCCAGACAUACAGCAGGCCGCCGAGCAGCUGCGGCAGGAGCCGAUGUUCUGCAUCGAGACUGCCAUCAAGCUGUUCUAUUGGAUGCGACUGGCAUACCGCCACAGUGACGCGCUCACCAACCUUUAUGUGAACGCCCACACGGGCCUGCGCCUGUUCUCUGUCGACCAUUUUGAGACUAUUUGGGACGACACCACAGACACGCACGCGGUGCUGGGCUGGAACAAGACGCAGGUGGUCGUAGCCUUCAGGGGCACCAAGUCGAUCCAGAAUGUGAUGACCGAUCUGAAGACCUGGAUGUCGCCCCUUCAGCCCAGGCGCAGGCGGCAGGGGCGUCUGGUCAAGGUGCAUGCAGGGUUCAAUGGCGCAUGGGUGCACAGCGGGUUCAACCGAAAGGUGCUGGAUCGGCUGAAGGAGCUGGAUCAGGGCCCCACGCCGCUGCGCUUCUGGAUCGUAGGGCACUCGCUGGGUGGCGCCUUGGCUGCCCUGGCUGCACUGGAGAUCCAGAGGGAGCAUCCCAACUCCCAGCUGACCUGUUAUACCUUUGGCUGCCCACGGGUGGGCAACCAUGCGUUUGCCGAGGAGUUCGAUGCUGCCGUGCCCGACACCUGGGCCGUCAUCAACGGCCUGGAUCCCAUCCCUUGGGUGCCCGGGGACAUGUUUGGGUUCAGGCGGGUGGGCAAGCGGGUGACCAUCAACGCCAAGGGCGACCUCAUGCUGCGGCCCUCCUACUUUGAGAUGUCUGUCACACACGGCGGCACCUCCGCGCGGCACCACCUGGCAGGCAGCUACGCGCUGUCGCUGGCGGCCAUCCUCAAGGCGCAGUUUGUGCCCAGCAAGACGCAGCCAGGCGGCGCGGAGGGCGUAGAACGCCUGGCUGCGGCAGUAGACCUGGGCAAGGCACUUGUGCUGAGCAACAUGGAUCUGGAGAGCCUGCAGAGCAAGGAGCGGGCGCCUGAGAUGCUCGAGGUGCUGGCAGCCAGGGCAGCACGCAAGAACGUGCAGGCAAUGCGGGGGGUCAGCGGUGUUGCCGGCAAGGUCGGCAGAGGGGCGGCGGACAGUAGCAGCAGCAGCGAGGGCGACAGCGACAGCGAGGCGGAGCAGGCUGCUGGCCAGCAGAUGAAGACCCAGUGGCGGCAGCAGGAACGGCGGCGGUGGCGGCGACGGCGGCAGUACAUGGAUCCAGACACCGGGGAGGGUUCGGCGGCGCCUGGGCCCGCGCAGCCUGCCCACAGGAUCAAAUCUAGGAAGGAAUCCCUGCACACCCAGCGCUACCCCACAUUCAAGCUGGAUGCCGCGGAGCUGGGAAACCUUGGGGAGGGGCCAGGCGGGCAGCCUGCAGCAGCGGAGGACGCGUCGGCGGCGCCGGAGCAGCAGCAGCCCGCCGCCGAUGGGCGGCAGCACCAGGCGCCGCCGCUGUGGCGCCGAUCCAGCCUUGGGUCUGUGGAGGGCCUGCGGGAGUGCAGCAUGCACAGCGCGCUGUCCCACCCCGAGCAGCUGCCCGACCUGGAGCUCUGA